ACUUUUUAGCAAAUAAUUCACCAUUUGAUGAAAUAUCUUUUAGUCAAUUUAAGGAUGAUAUAAUUAAAUAUUGGUCUUUUAUUGAACGUGAAAGUUACAAAGAGCUUGCAAAUCUGGCACUUUACUUAUUUGAAAUUUGUAUCAAUAUUGCUUCU